UACGUCAAAGUGUAGUGCUUAUAUUUGUGACUUCAAAUAUUUUUCUGUAAUUUAAGUGCAACAAUAAGGACAGGAAAUGAUUAGACUUAUGUUAUAAUAAUGACAAUAUCAAUGAAGGAACAAGAUCAGAUGCCUGGGGAGAUGGCAUUCCCCGAGGCUAAGUUGAAAGCAUUAGAAGAAAAAAUAUCCCAUCCUCGUUGGGUUGUACCAGUUUUGCCUGAACAAGAACUAGAGGCCCUUUUAAUUGCUUCAAUGGAUUUAGCAACAAAAGGUGAAGAUGUCAACAAUCCACACUGUCAACGCUUUUAUAACGAUGCACUCACAAUAUCAUUUACCAAGAUCUUAACUGAUGAUGCAGUUUCAUCAUGGAAAAAUAAUAUUCAGCAAUGUGUACGAUCAAAUUGUGAAAAGCUUAUUAAAUUAUGUGCCAUGAAAUUAGAUGAUCCAAGAUUUUUACAUCUUUUAUAUAUGGUCUUUAAUCCAGGCAACAAAUUUCAUACAUUUAAUGCAUCUAGAACAUGUGAAGGUUUAUCUAUUAUAAAUAUUUCUACAACUGGAGGCCAAGGCUCAACUCAGGAAUCUGAAGUGUUUGCAAAGUCACAAGACCAUCGUACGCCAAGAGGAUGGCUGGUCCAUCUUAUAAAUGUGUUUGGUCAAGCAGGUGGUUUUGUUAAGCUUAGAGAAAGGUUUGAAUCGAUUAUGGGUUUCAAAAAGUCAGAUUUGACUGCUUCUAUAAUUAGUGAAGAGAAAGUUUCCAAUGAAAUAACAGAAAAAGAAUCUGAUGAAAAUAUUGUGAAUGUUAAUGAAAACAUGUCAUCCAUGACUGAUAGUAUUGAGAGCUCUUCAACACGCAAUGAACAGCCAUCAUCAUUAGAACAAUCAAUCAGCGGAGAGACUCGUGUUGCUGCUGUGUGGCAACUUCUGCGGCCUUUGGGACUUUGUCAUGACCUUCUUACGCCGCACACUGUUACUGUUUACCUGUUACCUGUAUUGGAAUGUAUUCCAACUUUAUUAGAAAGCCUUACAGAUGAUGAGCUAAAACGGGAAGCACGCGGCAGCGAGAAUAAAACUGACACUGUGUCCUGCUUGAUUAGAGCUUGCAAAUGUGUUUCCGUCAAAACACCGCAACAUCACAGUUUACUUAAAUCAUUAGAAAUGUUCAGAUUAAAGAUGAUCUUAAGAUUGCUACAAAUGUCAUCGUUCAAUGGAAAAAUGUCGGCUUUAAAUGAAAUAAAUCAACUUAUCAGUACAAUUUCACAACAGCCUAAACCAGAAUGGCUUACGCCAGCGGUGAUUACGAAUUGGAUUCGCGAAAAUAAAGUUGUAGAUAUAGUAUUACGAGAUUCACUGCACCAGCCUCAGUAUGUGGAUAGACUAGAGAAAAUGCUUAGGUUUAUGAUCAAAGAGAACUCACUCACUAGGGAAGAUUUGGAUGCGAUAUGGCGAGCUCAACAAGGAAAGCAUGAGGCAAUAGUGAAAAAUCUUCACGACCUAUUAGCAAAAUUGGCAUGGGACUUCACACCGGACCAGUUAGAUCAUUUAUUUGAUUGUUUUAAGGCAAGUUGGGCGACAUCUAGUAAGAAACAGAGCGAUAAGUUAUUGGAAGUCAUACGAAGGCUGGCAGAAGAUGAUAAAAAUGGUGUAAUGGCUAACAAAGUUUUGGUAUUGUUUUGGAAUUUGGCGCAUUCGGAUGAAGUGUGUACGGAAAUCAUGGAUGUGGCGCUGGUGAAUUUAAUUAAAAUACUCGAUUACAGCUGUAGUCAGGAUCGCGAUGCUCAAAAAACUUUAUGGCUAGAUAAAUGCGUGGAGGAGUUGAAGAGCAACGAAAAGUGGGUGCUGCCGGCGCUUAAGAUGAUGCGCGAAAUUUGUUGUCUGUACGAGGUUGCGGGAAAUUCGGGAGUACGACCCCAUGUGACGCGCCAAGAGCUCAUCGACCGCCUACAGACGCAACACUCUCUCGUGAUACUCGUCACUGACUCACUCACGCUAUAUAUGGAUGCUGUUCGGACCAAGUUAACUGAAGAGGGAGAAAUAGACUGGGAUAAUUGGCUGCCAGAUGGAAGAUACCCACACGCAGCGCAAGUUCACGAACGCCUUAGUUUCCUUAGGUUUUUGCUGAAAGAUGGACAGUUAUGGCUGUGUGCUGAACAAGCGAAGCAAAUUUGGAUAUGCUUAGCUGAAAGGCCGGCGCACCUCGGGGAUCGUGAAGCAUGUUUUCGCUGGUUUAGCAAACUAAUGGGGGAAGAACCAGAUUUGGAUCCCAAUAUUAAUCUGCAUUUUUUUCGUUGUAAUAUUAUGACACUCCCGCCGAAUCUUUUAACGCACUCUGGUAUCAAAUGUUUCGAGAGAUUUUUUAAAGCUGUCAAUUCCAAAGAAGGCAAACUUAAGGUUAAACGUCGUGGUUUUUUACUUAAUGAUGCUGAUCUCAUAGGAUUAGAUUAUUUAUGGAGGGUAAUAACGGAAUGCGAUGACGACAUAUCCGCGCGCGGUAUCGAGCUGCUCCGCGAGGUGUGCACCUGUACGGGCCCCGCGCUGUCCACCGCACAGCACCACGAGGCGUUCCUCACGCACUGCUGCGCGAGCACCCAGCGCCUGCAGAAAGACAUGGAGAUGCAGCCGGAUGCGACGGAAUGUUGUACUCGCAUGUGUAGAGUAAUUCGUGCCAUACAAGAAUAUAUAAACGAAUGUGACAGGAGGUUCACAUCGGAACGACAAAUACUUCCAAUUUAUAGGUCGGGCAGAGGGAGGCAAUGUACUAUAAUAGUGCGGUUUAAUUUUCAAACAGGCCAAAGACAAAUUGAUGAUAUAGAAAUAUUUUCACAUUCAAACGAGACGCUACAUUCAUUACGCGCGGCUGUUCAGAGAAGUUUACUCUACUCUUUCAGACUAAAAUCUAUGACUGAGGGCAACAGCAACAGUAAAGCAACAGAAAUGUAUGUAAAUAAGCUAGAGCUUUAUGUAAACGGAGAACUUUUGGACACCAGUCACGACCGCAAAAUACUCUCACAAAUACCUCUUAGGGACAAAACUGUGAUUGUUGCUAAGGUUUAUGACGGGCCAGUGUGUGGCAGCGGAGGCUGUGGGUCAUCGAACGAGUCGAGCAGUGACUCCAGCACUUCAUCACCAUCAUCGCCUUCUGCUGAACAUGCAUUGCCGGGCGUUAUUUUCGCCCAAGGCUCGUGGUAUCUUCCUUUUAUUUUAGAGUUAGAACAUAUAGGUAUAACUAAAUCACACGCCCCACUGACAGAAGCUGCGCAUCUGUUAUCACAAAUCUGCCCUAGUCAUAAACAAACGGUGGAUAAAUUAACAGAAGCGCUACUAAGUCGCGAGGAUACUACGUUAAGAGACAUGCUUUAUGGACCUGCCCCACCCACCGUUGCAUAUAAUGUUGAGGUUCUUUAUAGCAUGGUAAUGCCAUCCUCCGAAACGAGAUUAGAGCGCAGCAGAAGUUUUCAGUUGGCAUGUGUCAAGAAAGCUCCACUUUUAGUACAAUGUUUGUCUGAUAAUGAGUUCUUGAAGGAUGCUGCCCCACACACCCGAAGAGUUGGCUAUUUGGCAUUGGUGAGAUUAGUGAAAUUGGCUCUAUACACAUUAGGACACCUUUUUGAAAUUCUAGCACCGGAUGGCUCUGAUACAAAUGUGGAUAAAGAUUUCAGGAUGGAUGUAACGAUAUUACGCGAAGCACUACAAACAGUUCCUAAUCACAAUUGUGAGCUUGUUGUUAAAGCUAUAGCAGAGAAAUUAGCAAAUACGCUGGGUGAACAGAUGGUAACAAGUAGUGAGGACAGCGAUUCAGUUUCAUCGUUGGUAUGGUGGCGCGUGCCUACUACAGCCACGGUACGCGCUCUGUACGGUCUCGCUAACUCUGUGGCGCAGCCCUCCGAAGAGACCGGAUUAGUACAUUCUGAUGACGUCAUAUUGGUCCGAGAAUGCAUGGAAGUUGUUACCAUAUGCAUGGCGUUGGGAGGUGGGCAUUUAGAAUCUCUUCUUCACGAAACCUGGUGGCAAGACACAGCUUUGUACUUAAUGAUAGACUGCCCAAAUCCUCCGGUGCGAGUGUCGUGCGCCGAACAACUGCUUGCGAUGUGCGCGUGGGGCGGUGGGGGCGGUGCACGAGGGGCGUUGGCGGCGCUGGGGGGAGCGGGCGGCGCCGCGGCUGAAUCGCGCCUCACGUUACACGCCCGCCACGCGCAGCAGUUCUUGCAGCUGUUAUGUCGCCUCGUCUCGCUAGCCGGGCCCACCUCGCGCACCUUGGACGACUUAGCUAUUGAGGUUGAAUGGCUCAGAACAGUAAAAAAGAAUCCUGCAAUAUUGGACGACACAUUACUGGAGGGACAUUUGAAUCUUACCAAAGAACUAUUUACGCAUGUACCGGCACAGGUGAAAUUUCAAUAUGGUGCUCAUCCUGACCACAAGGACUCGGGAUUGAUUAAGGAAGUGACAACGGAGUUUCUGUGGCCGUACUCGUGGGCAUGGUGUCGCAUGGGCGCAGUGGGCGAGGGUUCCUCCGAGAGCAGGGACGCCGAGGAAGAGGGCGUAGUGCCUCUGUGUCGAACGGCGGGUGCCGCCGCGGCCGCAACCGACCUCCUGCUGGCGCUGGUACACGCCUGCGUGCCAAACAUGGCUGCGCUUGCUAACCUGCUCGAGCAGAUGUUCUACAGUGACAAAAGCAUGGGCCUAUCUGAGUGGGAAUACAUGCCGUGCGUGGGGCCGCGGCCCGCGGCGGGGCUUGUGGGUUUGAAGAACGCGGGAGCUACGUGUUACAUGAACUCCGUAUUACAGCAACUGUACUGCGUUCGCGCCGUACGGGAUUUUCUCCUCACCGUUCAAGGAGCCGCAACAGAUCCCAAUGAAGAUUUUUCCGGGGAAGCCCACCAUCACAGCAUUUUAGAAAAUAACAUAGAGAUCAAUACAGAUUACAAUAUCACGAUACUAAAGCAGGUUCAGGCCAUAUUCGCACAUUUACACUAUAGCAAACUACAAUAUUACGUUCCUAGAGGAUUAUGGGCACAUUUUAGGCUACAAGGAGAACCAGUGAAUUUACGAGAACAACAGGAUGCUGUAGAGUUUUUUAUGUCUCUUGUAGAAUCGCUAGACGAAGCUCUGAAGACAUUAGGGCAAGAGCAACUAAUGGCUAAAACAAUGGGCGGGACAUAUUCCGACCAAAAGAUUUGCAAGGGAUGUCCGCAUCGGUAUUGCAAAGAAGAACCAUUCAGUGUUGUAUCUUUAGAUAUACGAAAUAUGUCUCGGCUACAAGAAUCAUUGGAGGCCUAUGUCCGUGGAGAGCUAUUGGAAGGUGCUGAUGCUUAUUACUGCGAUAAAUGUAGCAAAAAGGUAGUGACAGUAAAGCGGUUAUGUUUGAACAAAUUGCCCCCAGUUUUAGUUAUACAAUUGAAGAGAUUUGAGUAUGACUUUGAAAAAGUAUGCGCAAUAAAGUUUAAUGAUUACUUUGAAUUUCCUCGGGAACUGGAUGUUGAACCAUACACAGCUUGGGGACUGGCACGGGCAGAGGGUGAUGCGACCCUAUGGGAUGGUGGUACUGAGCGUACUCCUGAGACGCUCUACCAGCUCAGCGGGAUUGUCGUGCACUCCGGCCAGGCGUCUGGAGGACACUACUACUCUUAUGUUCUGCUCAGGGACAACGGAAGCGAAACAGGACGGUGGGUGAAAUUGGACGAUGGCGACGUGUCUGAAUGCGCGAUGCAUGACGAUGAGGAAAUGAAGGCUCAAUGCUUCGGUGGGGAAUACAUGGGAGAGGUAUUCGAUUCGACUAUAAAGAGAGUGUCGUAUAAGCGUCAGAAGAGAUGGUGGAAUGCAUAUAUGCUUUUCUACACACGGAAAGACACGAUCGAAACUUCUAGUCUCGAACAAACCAUGCAAAAUAUGAUUCUCAAGGAAAGCCCCGUACCAAAGCCUAUCUGGAAUUCGGUCCGUCGAAGCAACAUUGCAUUCUCACACAACCAGGAUCAAUUCAGUCUUGAGCAUUUUAAUUUUAUGAAGAAACUAUGUUGUAUGCCUUUGCAAAUAAUAUCUGGAUCUCAGAGUGUAGUUCGGGGAUCUAAACAUGAAGAGAUGUCAAUGUUAGCUGUGCAAAUGGCCACGAAAUUUUUAUUCCAAGUUGGAUUUCACACGAAGAAAGCAUUACGUGGCCCUGCUUCAGACUGGCAUGACAUUCUUUGUCAACAUUUACGCUGUUCCCAAACUGUCAGGGCAUGGUUCGCAACAGAUAUCUUUAAACAUUCUCAUAGGUUAUGUGACUAUCUACUCUCCUGUCCUUCUGCUGAAGUUAGAAUGGUGUUUAUGAAAAUUAUAGUCUUCUUGGCCCAUUUUUCUGUACAAGAUCCACCAGUGAGCAACGGUUACGGGUCAUGGUGUUCUCGCGAAGAGGGGUUGACGCUGUCGGACCAGGUGCUGAGCAGUGCGCGGGCGUUGGCCGUGCCUCAGCACCACCACCACCAUGCUGACCAUCGGCACCUGCCGAUACUCUUCAACCUGUUCCACGCAUACGCGCAGCUUGGUCUGUCGGAGAGGCUUCAGUUGCUUCGACUUAAGAUCUUGGAUAUCGUGCUAUCCGUGUGCUUAGAUGAAUCAUCUUCUUCACUGGGAAAAUAUCAAUAUCCAGAUUCUGCUAAAAUACAUCAGGUGGUAUGCGCAUUGGUGCGUUGUUGCGACGUGAGUUCGCGCUGCCAAUCAGCAAACGCAAGUGACGGCGUGCUCCCAUUGCCCAACCCGUACGGCGACCCACCGCUAGCACACUCGCCGCACGCACACUCGCCGAACCCACAUUCGCCGCAGUCCACAAAACCCGUCAUCACUGCUGCCGCCGCAGACGUUCUCUACAACAGAACAGGGUCAUACAUGAAAAAACUGACAGACGAAUGUUGCGGUUGCGAAGAAGGAAUCAGACUGCUACAGUUCCUCUGCUGGGAGCAUGCUGGCUGGUCACGCAUGGCCCUGGCUGAGCUCUUAUGGCAAAUGGCGUAUGCGUUCUGUCACGAACUGCGUCGCCACGCCGAUGCUCUCACGGCCUUGCUGCUGAUGGAAGACAGCUGGCAGAACCACAGGAUACAUAAUGCUAUUAAGGGAGUCUCAGAAGAUCGUCCAGGUCUAUUGGAAACUGCAUUGCGUGCGCGUGGUCACUACCAGAAACGUGCGUACGCGUGUGUGAAACUGGUCGUGAACGUUAUGUGCCGAACGCCACUCGCCGUGCGCGCCGUACACACACAGCCAGACGCGCGGCGACGGUGGCGUCAGCUGCUCGCGUGGCUACAAGACGAACUCGACCGCAAGUAUGGCCCAGGAGGCUACACCUCCUAUGGUACAUGGUCACCGCCCAGCAUCUCUAACGAGUCUUCCAGCGGGUAUUUCCUCGAGCGAAGCAACUCUGCACGGAAGACGCUCGAAAAGGCGUACCAGCUGUGUCCAGAGGAAGAUGAGGAGGAGGAGGAGUCACGCGACGCCGGCUCCGGGUCGGGUUCGGGUGACGCGGGGGACGAUAGCGGUGACGAGGAUGCGCCCGACGACGACGAGCCGGCCCCCCGCCGCCUCACUCUGGCGCCGCCCGCACCGCCCAACCCCCCUGCGCCGCCCGCCCCACCCGCGCCGCCCGCCCCACUGUGAGCGCCGCGCCCGUGCCUCUAGUCCGCCUCACAUCCCUUUGUGUUUCGCCCCAAGUUUAGUAAGAGGCGCCGCCGCCUAGCCGUAGUUUUGUUCUGUGAUGUUAACGAUACGUGUACAAUCGCUCGGUCGCGCGCCUCCGUCGACGCGACGCUUAAGUUUAUGUAACUAUGUUCCGCUUUAAAAGUACCAUAGUAUUUAUUUUUUUUCUUAUUAAGACUUAUUCUAUUCGUUAGGAGAAAUUAUUUUCUGUCUACGCAUACUGUAUUUAAUAUUUUAUUGUUGUAAGGGAUAUUUUAACGUGUCCGAUCGACUGCGCUACUCGUGAUCGUCUAAAAUCGGAAAUGACGUUUUAUAAUAAGUUACUUACCUAAGAUAAAUCCACGAGUCACAAAAGUGGCGUUAUAUGGUAAUGUGCGCUCGAAGGCGCAUGAAAACAGCUGAUUAUUUAUAUAACAGUAAUCAGCCGAUCGCAGUCGGUAAUGUGCGUCUUCUUAACUUAUUGUACAAUUUGUAUUCAGUCGAAAAUCUACUUUAUAUCACAUUUAUCAUAAAUUCUCUAACGAAUUUCAAAAACUAUUUUCAAGUAUGCACAGACGCACGGUUGUGUAUAUAGUAUUUAAAAUUUUAAAUGUACAAUUAAUGUAAUCAGCCUAUAUUAAAUUAAAUGCGGGAUUAUAAUUUCGUGAAUGUACUUGCGUUAAUUCUACAUGAUAAAAUUUUAAUGAACAAUUACUUCGAUAACAAGUUUAUAAUACGUAUUUCAAUGUAUACAAUAACAUACUUCUUUAACCUUUUUAAUUUGAUUGUUAACUUUUAUCUGUAGACAGUGUUGAUUAAUAAUUUUAUAUAAACUACUUGUUAUGCUGUCAUUAAGGAAGAGUCAAUUCGUUUUUGUAAAUGUUGUUUUGACGAAAUACAUAAAAUGCAAAGCGAUUCGGAGAUCUUCUUUUGCACAGCCGUACCACGCUUUUAUUUUUUUAUGGUUGUUGAUGUUGUUACUUUUCACAUCUUGUGACAGUUUACUAAUAUUCUGAUCGCGUAUCGAUACCUGAUGCACACUGUAUUCCUUACAUCUUGGAAGAUAGCAUUAAAUAGAAAAAAACUCUUCCUAUUCGAGUUAUACAAAAAAUUUAGGGUAAAUAUUGCUUUAAUGCAUGUAUGAAGUGCAUGCCGCUGAUAAUGGGAUUACUGUCAAAAGAUAUGUUGUUACGUCAUAGUUCGAUGCUGCAGUAGAGAAAAUAUUCGAAAGGUGUUCGCUUCACGUUGAUGCCACUUGUUAUAUUUGAUUAAUUUUAACUUGAAAUGCAAAAAUGAUAUCGAAGUUGACGAAAAGUUUGUUUGUGUCUACUUAAAAAGGCUUUUGAAAUUCGUUUCAUUAAAAUCAGAAUCAUACUAAUAUUAAUAUGUCCGCGUCACGAGUUGUAAGUAGUUGAUAUUUUAAUCAGGUGAAGUUACUACUGCUUUAUGUACUUCGACUUUUAAUUUGUUAAAUUUUUAACGCAUUAACUGAUUUUGACUUAUAAUAUAACGCAAAAUUUGUAUAGAAAUAUAUUAAUUUACGUAUUGACUGCACAUAAACUUAUGGUUAAGGCCAGAUUGUACAAUUUUGGCCUAAUAGCACUAUUCGUUACAACGUUUUUAUGACUUUAUUGCUAGCUUUAUAAUAGUAACAAAAGCGUGUAGAGAGUGUAGAUAUUAUAGAGGUAUUAAACACUAGUCUAACAGGAAAAUGUUGCCACGUCAAUGUUCUGCUUUGUAUUAUAUGUUAUUUAUUUUUAUAUUCCAUAAAGGUUGUAUAUUUUUCCUUUCUUUUAUAGUGAUUAAUAUGUGGCGUCACUCAGGCUAUCAGGGAAAUGUGUGAAUUUGGUGUGGUUAACUCGUAUAGUAUAUAAACAACUUAAAAUAAAUUUAUACCAGUAUUCCAUUUACAUCUAAUGAAAGCUAGUGCCGAUUUUAACCACAUAUAAGCAUUUUAAAUCUGUUGUACAAAAUAUAAGAGUAAGUUUGUUGGUCUUAUUUUAUAUCAAAAUAAUAUUUAGUUAAUAGAUGUGUGAUGUAUUUACUUCAUGAUAUUAAAUUAUCGAGCCUUUACCAACUUUUACCGUAAUAUUAUAACAUGUAGAAAAUAUAUAAAACAAAAUAACAUUUGUGUGGACAGAUUGUGUGACAUAAAUCGACGCAAAAGGCUCCCAUUUGCCUUAUCUAAAAUAUGUUGAUAUAUGAACAAGCUCAGGGUUUUGCGUCAACUUAUAUUAGACAAACUCCAAUAUUGGUCGUUAAGACCUUUGUGCCUUAUUUUAAUUUUUGUUGCUCAAUUUGUUUACACCUGAUAGUCUAGUAUCGUCAAAUAAAAAUUCUCUCUUAUUGAUUUUCAACCAAAUGAACUAAUGUUAAAAUAAAUAUUGCUUGGCUAAAUUUUUUAAUAAUGUUUUCAUAACAAAUUUAACGCUUGCAUAAGUGUGAUCAUUUAAGGAUGAAGUUAUGCUAAGCUUGGUGCCGUGACCGUUAAUAAUUGUUGUUAACUUUAUUACCAAAGAUGGAUUUAUAGAAUUGGGGUAAUUGGCGUCCCUUCUUCUUCAUAGCUUAGUAAUCAAAACGUUUUGUAUCUUUUAUAAAAUGCAAAUGAUAAGGAUGUUUUGUUAACAAAAGAAAUUGUGAUCGAUCUUAGGCUUAGAUAGGUGAGAAAUAUAUGGUGUUGAGACACAAAAUAAACUGCCAAAUACAUUCAACAAAAUCAGUGCUGUGCAAGUUUCAGAACCGUGUAAAUAUCAUUGUAGCCAUUUUGAGUGUCUUAAUAUUUAUUUAAUUACAAAAAAAAUUUGGGAGUUACAAGAUCCGGUUGGUAUAUUAUGUAUACUUAACUUGAACAAUUUACGUUGUAAACGUUGAUCCCACAUUGCUUUGCACCAGUGGUUACGUUUAGUACCAAAUUAAAUCUUUUGUAAAGUCAGUUUUUAAAACAAUGCAUGCCUUUUCACCGGAAGUAUCAAAAUAACGAAUAGAUUUAUUAUAAGAAUCAGUUGAUUUUUGUAUAAUGUUUCUAUGGCAAAUAUGUAACGAAUGGCAUUUGACAUUAUAGAAUGCUCUCAAAAAGGCGUUCAUAAAUAUAAUAAAAUCAAAAAUAAAUUUUUGAAAAUUAA